UCAAAUUGAUGAAAUAAAAUAAUAAAAGAUUGAAUUUCAUGUAUCAGAGUAGGGAAAAUAUGGGAGAAGGAUGCGCUAAAAGCCUUUCUCUAAAAAGGGAUCAUCACUACUACGGUGGAGAAGAAGACCCAGUUUCAGCAGUAGGGUGGGAUGGGGUGUGUGAUUGAUCACAGCAUUUCAUAAAUAAAUGCACUUGGUGUUUGACUUUGCUAGUUUUGAUCAAACCGUAACUCCUGAAAAACUGUGCGACGUGUCAUCGAUCUAGCCGGCAAACUCUUCAAAACCAUAGGAUUACACGCCACGCCACAGGGGUCUUUCUUUGUACAAGGAUGGAAGGAAGGAAGGGAUUUCUUUCUACCUUUCAAUAAGGUCAAAGCACCACUGAGAGAAAAGGAAUCCCUUUCCAAAUUCCAAAAAACUCUUUAGAAAUGAAGUUUGGAGACACGUUCAUGCAGUAUUUGCAAGGAGAUCAAACAGGGAAUUUGGUUAAAUGUGCUCAUGUUGAGUACAAAAGACUCAAUGAAGUCUUAAAAAACUGCAGAAGCCAAGGUUCCGCAUCCGCUUCUUGCAAAAACGAGCAGCAAAAGGACGAAGGAAAUAAUGAAUUGAGUUCCGGGUUGUCUCAAUUCUGCCAUUGUGAAUCUUGCCCUUUGUGCGAUCAAAUUUUCUUUUCAGAAUUGAUGAGGGAAGCUUCACAUAUAGCUGGAUGCUUUAGUUCUAGAGUUAGACAUCUCCUCCAUCUUCAUGUUGCCAGGGGAAUACAAAGAUACAAACUGCGUCUACGUCAAUGUUUCAAAAACGAUCAGCAGACCAUGGCUGAAGAAGGGCGUAUGCUGAUUGAAUAUGUUACCAUGAACACAAUUGCUAUUCGUAAAAUUCUAAAGAAAUACGAUAAAGUGCAUUGCUCUGUUAAUGGGAACAAUUUCAAAUCCAAGAUGCAGGCUGAACAUAUAGAGCUUUUGCAAUCGCCUUGGCUGAUAGAGUUGGGAGCCUUUUAUUUGAAUUUUGAUGGAAUAGAUGGAGGAGAGUUUAGUGAGUUUUGCAGUCAGUUUUCCUGUGAUCUCAAUGGUAUAGAACCUGUUAUGACACUGACACUUCCAAACUCUACGAAAGUAGAAUACAGUCUGACAUGUGCCAUUUGCUUGGAGACAGUUUUUAAUCCGUAUGCUUUGAGUUGUGGUCAUCUUUUCUGCAAGUUGUGUGCUUGCUCAGCUGCUUUUGUGCUGAUGUUUGAAGGCCUUAAAACUGCAAGUUCAAAUGCAAAGUGCCCCAUCUGUAGAGAGGCCGGAGUAUACACUAAUGCAGUGCACAUGUUGGAACUUGAUCUGCUACUGAAAAGAAGGUGCAAUGAGUACUGGAAGGAGAGGAUGGCUGCUGAACAUGCUGAGGACGAAAAACAAACCAGGGAGUAUUGGGAUUCACGGACCAAAUAUGCCAUUGGGUACUGAUUGGAUCAUAAUAUUUUUAAAGACAAUGCUUGAAUGGAGGGAGAAUUUUGAAGUAGACUAGGGUAUGUUUGUUUUUGCGUUUCAAAAACGUUUUUGAAAAAAAUUGAAUUUUAUUUUAUUUUUUAUUUUAUUUCAAAUUAAUAUGUUUUUAGUGUUUUCAAAUUAUUUUGAUGUGUUGAUGUUAAAAAUAAUUUUUAAAAAAUAAAAAAAUAUAUUAUUUUGAUGCAUUUUGUUACAAAAAGUUAUUUGAAAAACAACUGCAACCACACUCCUCAAGUGGUUUCAACUUAUGGCUCGCAUGGUUGAGCCCGGAGUUGCUUGAGAUGAGAAUCAUAAUUCAAGAUUACCAAGUGCAAGCUGUGGAUUUCUUGGUGGUUUUGAGUUCGAUCAAUUCAAGAUCAUUAUUACCUCUGUGUAGUUCCAAAUUACAAAGCCCUUUUCUUCCCUGUUUGGUUGUUCUUGAAGAAAGGAAGGAAAAUCGGCAAAAGAAUCCAGUAGUUUUUGGUAGAAGAGGGUUUUGGUCAGCACCAAGUUAUAUCUAUGUAUUACUUUGAUUUAUUUAUGAAUCUUGAUGUACCACUCCUCAACUCCUUCCAUGUUUCAGUUCGAACAACUUCUCGUUUCAUCGUUUAAA